AUGGCAUGGCUCGAGGCACGUCAUGUGCACGAUCCCGGCCAGCCCUUGUAUGAAGCGCUGGAGCAGUAUGUGCCGGAAGCCAAUAUGGCAUGGCCGUUGGCGCGGUCCAUGUACGCUGCCCUGGCGUGCGAGCAGGCCGAGCCCAAGGCGACAAGUUAUACCCUAGAUGGCGUUGUGGCCAUGUUGAAGACGUCGCGAGGACAAGACAAGCUCGCCUGGACGAUCGCACAGAGUGUGUACGAUGGGUCGCCUUCCCAUGUCGAGACACUCGCGCCACUCGCUCUCGAGUCCCUGUCCGCCUCCGAGGCGCCUCUGGAACAAGUGCUCAGUGUGCUGACCUUACUGUGUCAGAGCGAGGCCAUGUCGCCGCUGUGGGACAGGUACCGGCCCAUGCGAGUGAUCACGGAUGUGCUUGAGCACGGUGCCUGCGAUCGAAUGCCCCUCCCAUGCAUCUUUGCCUUUCUCGUUCGCUUCCUCGACGCGAUGCGCAGUCCAGUGUCGUAUGACGAGACACUCAAGCUCAUCAUGCAGCACCUCUUAGAGUAUCGACAGCAUGCACACCACGAUGAGUCUGUACGAAGCUCAGCACUAGCACUCGGUGCUUUGUUGCUGGAAGUCCGCCUCAACAAAGCCAUUGAGGCUGCCUUGGCUCAUCCUACGCCCGAGACAUGCAUCCAAGGCGACGCAUCCUUGUCCCUCGUGCUCAACCUAUACGCUGUCACCCUCAUGACUGGCAGUAUGCGUACCCCUCGACUCGUGCGCCCACUGGGCCUCGCACUGGUGUACGAUGUCGUAAGGACCGUCAAUGCGUGCCUGUAUAUAUCGUGCACGUCGCAAUACAUCGCUUCGAGUCGAAAACAGCAUGGUCAGGACAAAGGAUUUGCGCAACUACUAGAAGAUGUCGGAGACAUGCCCCUUCCGGUCGUUUCAGACCAUGUAUGGAAGCAAGUAUCGCUCGCGUUGGGCAGCGACGAAUCGCAUCUUGUGCCUCGUGUCCUGCGUGCGUAUUUUCUACACGCCCUUUCCAUCAUCGCACCCUUUUAUCCUGCGCCUGUACUAGAGACGCACAUACCCAAACCAUCGGAAAACCCGCCCUCCAAGUCGUACGAUACCCUUUGUUCACGUAUAUCUGCCCUUGUGACUCAGACGCAGCACACCAUGACUAUGGUCGUCGAUGCCCUCACUACAGCGCUUGAACAGAACACGCUGGCCGAAAUGCCAUCCGUAUGCAUAUCCGUCUUACCAAGUCUAAGUGCCUCGCCAUCCAAGGAGCUGGCGCACGGUGCUCAUGCCAUUCUACGGUCCCUAAGCGAUGCAUCCUACACCCGCUUUGAAUCCAUGCACAUGCUCUGGCUCGACGCUCGUGAACCGGCCGUGUACGGAGCGCGCCAUUUUGUAUCACUUUUCCUACAUGCUGCACACCACCUGUCUUGGUCUCUAUCGCUCGCACGAGCAUCCGUGUCCAUGCUAGAUGAUAUGCUUCACGUUCUUUGUGACCGCAAUAUGGGCGUAUUGCUGCCCUACAUUCCCUGGGACGCCGGCAGCGGUGCGGAUGUGCUUCAUGUAUGGACUGGCAUAUCUGAGUGCAUCGCAGCCAUGUUUGGGCGCAUCCCAGAGUGGUCCCGCACAGCUGAUCGGCAGGAGAUGCUCCAAUGGAUUGCACACGUGCCGAUGCUGGCAUCGUACAUGGUCCAAAGUGCUGACUUGGCAAGUCGCUCGAACGAGCUGCAACCGUAUACAGAUCAAGUGUAUGGCGCCCUGGCCUGGCCACUUGACUGUGCGAUUGGAUGGCUCCGACUAAAUCACGGAGAGCUGCUGCAGCAGUUGUCUGACUACAUUCGAAGGACCGUGCAUGUGUUUAAGAAGCAGCAGUGUGUAAUGCCAGGGCCCGUUGUCAAGCACGCCGUGGAGUUUUUAGGGCAGCAGCUCGCUGUUACCAACGCACAACAGCGCAAGACGCUUUUGUCUACGCCACAAAUGGAGCUGCUGCUGGACGAAUUCAUCGCUCUCUCGCGCGCGCCAGGACCUCCCGCUCCCAAAAAGCAAAAGCUCCAGCAGCAGACUUUGUCGUUUGCACCGCGUCCAUUGGAUGCACCGAAGAAGAAGCCUAUUGUGGUGGACUUGACGCGCGACUCACCCAAGACCGCGGCACCGAAGCCCAAAUCGACAGGUAAAUUGGCGCAGCUGCGCAACGAGUUUCAGCUUACUCGGGCUGUCGCUCGGAAACCCCAGGCGCCCCUGCGCCAGUUUGAGCCAGACGAGCCGCGUGCACCUUUGGCGACGAGCAGCGUGACGGGCGCAGUCAAGACGCUUCCACCAGUGAAACGUCCUCCACCGCCUGAAGACAGCUCUUCGAGCAGUGAGAGCGAAGAAGAGGAAGAAGGUUUGGCUGCUCUUGCAUCACCCCGUAAGCCCAAAGCUCACGAAGUUCGCCGCAGUGUAAAACCAAUGGUUGAUCCUGCUUUGCAAGAAGCCAUGCGCAAGGCGGAAGACGAGCAGCGACGGCGUCGCCUUGCCAAGGCUCCGGCACUCACACCUAUGCAUGAAUGUAUUUUGUCUUGGGACAUGCAGGCCAAAGGCGGUCUGCCUCCAACUCGACUGGAUGGCAUGCCCUUUUCGAUCGAUGCUGCGCGAUCGCCUUUGACAGAUACCGCUUCAUACAUGAACCGAUUCUGUACAUUACUCACGCUUGAGGCGUGGGCACAGUUUCAACAAGCAUGUGGUGAUGUGAGAGAUGCUGUGUCUGUGCCGUUACAAUAUACCCGCCAGAGCCGCGUAGACAACUUCGUGCACUUGGAAUGGUCCACACAAACGGCUGUGCCUGUCGGCACGUACUUCAAUGAGACCGAUAUCGUGUACUUGGAGUUGCCUUCCCGUGCGAUUCGACUGACCGCAAAUGUCUUAUUCAGUAAACGUGCCUCGACCACGGGCCCUGCCACCAUCAACUUGGGCGUGCAGUGUGUAUGUGCCAAGGCUCAGCAUGCUAUGCCAUUCAUGCAUGAAGCUGGAUGGAAAGUGACCAAGCUCCUGACCCUUACAACACUUCGUCGAGAAUUCGCGGCAUUGUGCAGUGUGCCCGACUUGGCGAUGACCCAGGAUGUAUUGCAUGCAAGAGUUGCCCAAGUACCUGACGUAUCCAAAGCAGAUGAGGUCAAGGCUAUGCAGACGUACCAACUCAAUGCGCCUCAGGCUCGAGCUGUCGUUGCGGCCAUGCGUACCUUGGGCUUUUCUCUAAUUAGGGGCCCACCCGGCACAGGUAAGACUAAGACGAUUCGUGCGCUGGUCGCUUCUUUCCUCUCUCGCCGAGCGGGUACCACCAUUGGAGCCAAAAAAGCCUCGGCACCACAGGCCCGCAUGCUGUUGUGUGCGCCCAGUAAUGCGGCUAUCGAUGAAUUAGUGAUUCGCAUAAAGAAUGGCGUCGAAAUCGACGGCAAGCGCAUUUUGCCUCGUCUCGUGCGCUUGGGUCGUGACGAGGCUGUCCAUCCAAAUGUGCGCGACGUGACACUCGACGCACUUGUCGAAAAAGCCGGAGGAAAUGCCGGUCCAUCCCGGGCCAUGGACGAGCUGCAACAAGUCGAGCAAGCGUGGCAACGAAAGCGUACACAGCUCGAGUCAGCCAGUGCAUCGCAGCAAGCACGCGCGCUCCAGGCGGAGCUCAAUGAGCUUACCGAUCGCCGCUUUGAGCUACGUGAGCAAGUCGCCUCACUUCGGAGUCGGAACAAAAUGGGCGCCCUUCGUCCAGGUGCAGAGCAUCAUAUGGCUCGUAUGAGCAUCUUGGAUGAUGCCGAGAUUGUAUGCACGACUCUGGCCGGUGCGGGGCAUGAAAUGUUGUAUCGGUACACGUUUGACACGGUGGUGAUUGAUGAAGCAGCCCAGACUGUGGAGCCGAGUACGUUAAUUCCACUGCGAUAUGAAUGCAUGCGUUGCAUUAUGGUGGGUGAUCCUAAGCAACUGCCUCCGACUGUGCUCAGUCAAGAGGCCCAACGCCUCGAGUACGAUCAGUCGUUGUUUGUGCGCAUGUUCAAUGCGGCGCCAGAGCGCGUACAUUUACUGUCUAUUCAGUAUCGUAUGCAUCCUGACAUCAGCCUUUUCCCCUCCACGGCCUUUUAUGACAAGCAGCUGGUAGAUGGGCCGCGUAUGACUGAGUUGACGGCUCAGCCGUGGCACGGCACCGCUCUGUUUGGUCCAUUUCGCUUCUUUGACGUUCGCACACCCGAAGAGCCUGGUCGAAGUCACUCGUUGCAGAACCCUUCCGAAGCUCAAGUGGCGAUGCAAGUAUAUGAGGCCCUGUGUGCCUGUGCUGGAUCAAGUCUGCAGGACCGUAUUGGCUUUGUGAGCAUGUACAAAGCUCAGGUGGAGCUGCUCAAGUCGCUUUUUAUCAAGCGAUACGGCCGUUCUACGGCGCACGAGGUGGAAUUCAGCAGUGUGGAUGGUUUUCAAGGUCAAGAAAAAGACAUUAUCGUGAUUAGCUGUGUUCGAAGCAACAGGGAUGGCAAUAUGGGCUUCUUGACCGACUAUCGACGUCUAAACGUGGCAUUGACGCGCGCUCGCAGUAACAUGAUUGUCAUUGGUAACGCGGACAUGCUGUGUAAAGACAAGAUAUGGCGAACAAUGAUCACGGAAGCUCGCUCCUAUGGCUUCGUUGUGCCCGUGGAUAGCAAGACCUUUGACAAUCCGCAGCGCCCAGCGCCCAAGUUUGUGGCUUCCAAGCCGAAAGUGACUACCGAAGCACCAUCACCGCCCAAGCCUUUGCCAGCUCCGAAAACAGAUACAGCCAAGGCUUCGUCGACGCCUGUCUCGACCCCUAAAAUGUCUAAACAGGCUGCGCCUAUCAAGGUCACCAAAGCACCCACUCCCAUCUCGGCACCUACCAAUCCAAAAAAACCGAAUCAAAUGACAGAAGGCGUCCGGGCACCGCCUCGUGUGGUUCCAUCAGCCUCCUUGCUGGCGCCUCCGAAGCGCAAGCACAAAACUGGCAAGUGGACGCAGAUCGUUGAACGCAACAAGGCCUCCAAACCAGAAACGCCCAUGCCUGCACCAAAAUCUGAUCGACGGCCCCCACCUAGCCAUGACGGACCAAGCUGGCUUCGGUCAGCGCGUCCCCAUACCCUGCAAAAGCGAAAUCCUCCGUAA